CUAUCUUCGUGAUAGUAUUAACCUUAGAAUAGGCCUUGAUUGUCAGUGUUUCAAUGACUUCAUAAGAUAAAAGAGAUCCAUUCACUUAAUAUUUUCUAGUAAUAUUUUCCAAAGUAAGAUAUGACCAGCUUGAUAACCUACAUGAAUUUCAAACUUUAAUUCAAGUGCCCGUAAUGUCCAUCUCAACUAGCAUCUUCAGCAUAACUGCGUGGUGGGUGACCGUUGUUCUGGUCGCCCACGAAGCGGCUUCUAAAGUCCCUGAUUACCCACAACACGGAAAAUCUAUUAUAAAUUUAUUCCGUCAAAAAUUCGGAGAAGAAAUAAGUCCUAAUUCACAACCCAACGCUCACAAUCUGAAUUGGGAAUCAAGUACUGUGUUUGGAACUGGAAAUGACAAAAGGAAACUCGAAGAUUUCUCUUCUUUUUCACCUGAAACCGCAAAUUUUUUUGACGAUCUCCGGAACAGCGAAGCAGAACAUCCAAAGUUCCAGGACGUGGUUGAAGAAGCCCCUGAUGCUCCUUCGUCCAUGGCUGUGAGGUUUCUAAGGCCGCCGCAACUUCCAGGCACUUCAGGCAACCUCAUAAGUCCUCUUCAGCCUGAAGGAAACAUAGAAAAUAAGUUUCCUCUGAACGACAUAAGCGAUAAAUUCAAUGAGGAUAAUAUCUUCCUGGGUGAGCAAAACCCAAAAAUUUCAACGGUUUUGUCGACCCUGCGACAACAGUUACCUCUGGAAAAUGUCGUUUCUGAUUUACCGAAUUUUAGCCCCAGCGAGCUGUUACCCAACCACCACUUACCCAGCAACCAGUUACCUAGCCACCAGUUACCCAGCCAUCAGUUACCCAGCCACCAGUUACCCAGCCACCAGUUACCCAGCCACCAGUUACCCAGCCACCAGUUACCCAGCCACCAGUUACCCAGCCACCAGUUACCCAGCCACCACUUAUCUAGACAACGAGUACUCGGCAGUUACGAAUCAUUACAAAACUCAACACCGCUUCUAUACCAGCCUGAGAUCGGCGACGCAUGUUUCUCCAGCAAUGGGGAGCCUGGAAUGUGUGUGGCUGUGACGGACUGUCCGCAGCUGCUGCCGCUCCAGCGACUGUCACACAACUUGAACGCACUGAUUUUCCUGCUGCAGCAACAGUGCCGUGUGGAUGUCGCCGAAUUGUACGUGUGCUGCGAGUAUCCUGCCUACCAGCCGCCGCCCAACACAGCGAUACCAGCGGAAGACACGCCACGUCCACGUCUAGCGCGCUCGAAGGUGCGCGCCCAACUGCCCGGUCCCGGGGAGUGCGGUGUUGCCAUCCAACCAGCUCAAGAAGGCGGUGAACAGGCUUGGCCGUGGCUGGCUGGCCUGGGCCGGCUGACUGCGAAUGGCUUUAGGUCGAUGUGCUCUGCCACGUUGGUGACACAAAGCCAUGUCAUCACGGCAGUCACAUGCUUCUAUCAACCGGAGCUCCGUCAGCCCACCAUCGUGCGCUUGGGAGACCAGGGAGGUGGUGAGUUCGCUAGAGGUAGAAAUGGUAGUACUGAUGGAAGUGAAAAUGCUGGUUGUGGUGGUGGCGGUGGAGGAAGAAGUGGUUUAGUUGAGGAUCGCAACAACGAUGCAGAUGCCUACAUCGAUCACCUGAUUGUAGGGCGCACCGACCCUGGUUGGGUGCUCCACUUCAACCUGGACAACCUGGCGGUAGUCACCAUCGACCCUCCCGUUACCUUCACGGCUAAGGUGGGACCAGUGUGUCUCCCCGCCCUCCCCACACCCGCCGUUGGCACUCAGCUCAUAGUGGCCUCAUGGACGUCUAGUACCCAAAGUCUGCAGGUGCUGGGCCUGCGCAAGUGUCAAGCAGCCUACAGCGACCUGCAGAAAAACUUCAUGUUAGUGGACCGACGCAACCUUUGCGUCAUAGAAGACCCAGCUGGCCCCACCAGCUGCGCUGAGCCAGGGUCGCCACUGAUGCAGAAACUGGAGGAUGGUGCGUGGGCCCUAGCAGGGGUCGUGACUGUGGGGGGAUCUCGGUUCUCAAGGGCCAUGGACCCCUUACCUGACGUCGACAACUCUUCUGAUCCUCUCCCUACCAUCGCGACGCGAGUGGCUGCUUACCGUGACUGGAUUAAAUCUGUCAUACAAGACGAGUAGUGGAACAUGUUAAAUAAAACUUGUAGGUAGGAUAAAUCACGCAAGACAAGAAUGUUGUACAAGAUGUAGGCAAAAUAUGUCUAACACAAGUAGGUAGAAUGUGUCUAAAUGACGAGAUUAUUAAAUAUGUCAGUAAUAAGAUGUGGCCAUUUACAUUUAUCAUUUAUGGUUUAUUUAUGAUU